UAACAGUAAAAGCAACAACCGGCAACAGUGUUUGGCCAACAUCUGUUUUGUUUGUGUUAAAAAGUAGGAUAAUGUACUUUUGGAUAAUAUUAGGGUGUUGUUUAAUACAAAUAGACUGUACUAUCCCACCAAAAAAAUUAAAUGCUUUAGUUAUUUUAGCUGACGAUGGAGGUUUUGAAAUGGGAGUAUAUCGCAACAAAAUAUGCCAAACCCCAAAUCUGGAUAAGUUGGCAAGACAGAGUUUGAUAUUUAAUAAAGCAUUUACAUCAGUGAGUAGUUGCUCUCCAAGCCGAGCUGCACUUUUGACAGGAACACCAUCUCAUCAAAAUGGCAUGUAUGGCCUGCAUCAAGGAGUACAUAAUUUUAAUUCCUUGUCCAAUGUAAAUAGCAUAUCCAAUAUAUUAAAGCAAAACGGAAUUAGGACAGGUAUUAUCGGUAAGAAACACGUAGGUCCAGAAGAAGUGUAUCCAUUUGAUUUUUCUGAAACGGAAGAAAACAAUUCUAUAUUACAAGUAGGACGAAAUAUUACCCAUAUUAAAUUGUUGGCAAGACAAUUCUUAAAUACUUCAGACCCAUUCUUUUUAUAUAUUGGAUUUCACGAUCCACAUCGAUGUGGACACACUAAUCCUGAAUAUGGUGAGUUCUGUCAGAAAUUUGGUAAUGGAGAACCAGGAAUGGGUGUGAUUCCCGAUUGGCAACCUAUCAUCUACCAGCCAGAACAACUUCAAUUGCCGUAUUUUAUUCCAAACACUCUUGAAGCUCGAAUAGACGUAGCUCACCAGUACACAACUAUAUCAAGACUUGAUCAAGGUGUUGGUCUUAUUAUUGAUGAAUUAAAAAAGUCCGGUCAUUAUGACAAUACCUUGAUUAUAUACUCGAGUGACAACGGAAUACCAUUUCCAAACGGAAGAACCAAUUUGUACGAUUCCGGCGUGGCGGAACCACUGCUAAUUUCUUCUCCUUUACAUAAAGAGAGAAGAAAUCAUGUGACAAAUUCAUUAGCCAGUUUACUAGAUGUCGUUCCUACAUUAUUAGAUUGGUAUGGAAUUAAGGAUCAGAAUCAUAAUGAUAUUGAAGAAAACACAGUUGGAACGAAAUUCGAUUACUUAACAGGAAAGACCUUGUUGCCACUUUUGGUUGAAGAACCAGCUGAUAAAUCUAAGGAAAUCAUCUUUGGAAGUCAUAAUUUGCAUGAGAUUACAAUGUUUUAUCCAAUGAGAAUGGCGCGUACCCAAAGGUACAAACUGAUUCAUAAUCUAAAUUAUUACGCCCCUUUUCCGAUUGAUCAAGAUCUCUAUCUAUCGCCUACAUUCCAAGAUAUUUUGAACAACACCAAAUCCCACAAAAACCCAAUGUGGUAUAAAACCCUACAAGAAUAUUAUAAGCGUCCCGAAUGGGAAUUAUAUGACCUAAAGUAUGAUUCUGCAGAAGUUAAUAACAUCGUUAAGAAAAAUAGUUCUCAAAGCAUAUUUCAAGAUUUGAAGAAACGAUUAAAUCUUUGGCAACAACAAACAAAAGAUCCUUGGAUAUGCUCCCCGCACGCAGUUCUGGAAGAUGUUGGCAGUUUUCGAAACAAUCCACAAUGUUUGGAUUUAGAUAAUGUGUGGUAGAUUUUGGAAUCAAAUGUAACUACAUAGGUAUAUACCAUGUGUCUCAAAAAUUAGUAAAACUUUGCAAUACAGAAUUUCAUACCAAACUGUAUUUUGACAAAACUAAUAAACUUACAAUACUUACUUAAGUACAAUAUUGUGAAACUAUAAAAGUAAACAUAAUAAAUAAUACAUAUUUAGAAACAUUAAGUAAACAAUUCUUUUGAUAUACCAGUGCAUACCUUCUGGAAUCUAAUGUAUACCUACCUAAUGAUAGGUAAGUUGUUUUAAAAAUUACUAAAAUGUCACAAAAACAAAAAAAGUGUUUAUAGUAAACAUAUUCUUCUGAUAGGUUCUUUACCCCGGAUAUUGUUUUGUUUUCAGUUUUAAAGGUAUUAAAUUGCUUUUUAAUUCUACAAAUGCACAAAAAAAAUUGGAAAUCUGAAAAAAUUAUAUGGCCACAUGUUAGACGAAUAAAGUGUACACUCUAACGCAUUCAUGAUAUACCAUCUUUCUUUUAACAAUUAUGAUAAUAUUAGUCACCAUUUUAGAACAAACUUUUACAUAUUAAAUUUGUUAUGUCAAAGUUAUUAAUAAUUUUUUUAUUACAUAUUCCAAUAGUUCCAUGUAGCAAAAUACACAAAUUUUCUAGAAUUUUAUUAAAGUGCGUAGUGUUGAUAUGUAUGAAAUUUCUCCCAGAAAAUUUUGAGACACAUUGUACACUCACCGGCACAAAAUUUCCGCCACCCAACAUUUUUUAUUAAGUUUGACAAUCUAUAACUUUAUUAUUUGUAUUCCGAUUUUCAAGAUUCUUGCAUCAGUUUGUAAGUACAUGUAUUGGUGUCGUUCGCUAUUAUUCCGGUAACAACAAAUGUUUGCUUAGAUGACAUUAUACGGGGGUUAAUGAAAGCGUUGUAAUUUCUCCUAACUUUAAAAAAUUAUGUGGAAAAAUUGGAGGGCUGAUUUUGUUUCAUACUCCUUUUGUGUUAUCCUGGAGGUAUCACUAAGGUUUUUUUCUUUGAAUUAUCCGAAUAUCUCUUUUAUUGUAAGAGCUGUAAAUAAAAACUUGCUUUGAAGGUUUAUUUCAUUAAAAUUAUCAAGCGCACUAAAAUUAACAAAACAAAACAAAAUUAACAACAAAACAAUUUAAUAGCGGGUAUGCCCAUCUCUUGCAGCAACGACUGCUAGCAAUCUGGCAUCGAAUAAAGAUAUGUUAUCCUUGCCUGGGGAAUAUUCCUUGACGAGAGCCAUAACUGUACCAAAUUUUCUGAAGGCCUAGGAUGUCGGCAAAUAACUUUUUUUAAUUCAUCCCAUAAAUGCUCAAUACGAUUGAGAUCUGGGCUGCUUGCGGGCCAUUCUAAUCUUAUCAAUCCCAACUGUAUUUUAUGAGUCAGUCAAGUGUUUUUAUUUACAAAAAAAUGGUACAGCUCUUACGACAAAAGAGAUAUUCGGAUAAUUCAAAAACCUAAAUUUUAGUGAUGCCUCCGGGAUAGUAUGAGAGGGCUAUGAAACAAAAUCAGCUCUUCCAUUUUUCCACAGAAUUCUUUAGGAGAAAAUACAAUGCUUCCGUUCACCCCUGUAUAAUGCCAUGCAAGCAAAAUUUUUUUUUGUUACCGGGAUAAUACCACACGAUAUCAAUACAUAUACCUACAAACUGCUGCAAGAAUCUUGAAAAUCGGAGCACAAAUAAUAAAGUAAUAAAUUGUCAAACUUAAACAAAAAUGUUGGGUGGCGGAAUUUUGUACCGGUGAGUGUAUAUAAGACAAACUUAAAAGAUAGAAACAAUAAUUUCGAAUACUUAAUAGUUAAGUACCAUUAGAUAUUAUGAACGCUGCUGUUUUUUUAUAAAUAUUUUACAAUUAUUCGUUCCUUUUAUAUUAUUCAGGGUAUAAUUUUUAAGUUGACAUAUUUUUAUAAUCUAAAAUUAUAUAUGGAUGUCAAUAAAAUAUAUAUUGUAUUUGGAA